AUGGCCACCAACGCUCGCCCAAAGGAUGUCGGAAUUCUCGGGAUGGAGAUGUACUUCCCUCGCCGCUGCAUCUCACAGACAGACCUCGAAGUCUUUGAUGGUGUCCCAAGCGGCAAAUAUACCAUUGGCUUGGGCCAAAAAUACAUGGUCUUCACUGAUGACCGUGAGGACAUCAACACUUUUGCCUUGAACGCCGUCAGCUCGCUCAUGAAAAAGUACAACAUUGACCCCAAGUCGAUUGGUCGCAUCGACGUUGGCACAGAAACGAUCAUUGACAAGGCAAAGUCGGUCAAGACAGUCUUGAUGCAGCUCUUCGAAGAGGCUGGAAACAGCGAUAUUGAAGGCGUCGACAAUAUCAACGCCUGCUACGGCUCGACAGCCGCCAUCUUCAACGCGAUCAACUGGGUAGAGAGUUCCUCGUGGGAUGGUCGCAAUGCGAUCGUCUUUACUGGUGACAUCGCCAUCUAUGCGGAAGGAAGUGCUCGUCCUCUGGUGGUGCCGGUGCUUGCGCUAUCCUGA